UGGCCAUUUCGUAUUCCCACCUAAAGUCUUUUCUCAAAAUUUGCAACCUCCAUGUUCCAUCCACAAUUUGUUCGAUAUUUCUUAUUUAAUUUAUUCAGCACAAGGAAUUUUUAUCGAAUCAACCAAAAGAAAACGUUUGCAAAGAAAACUUCGGAAUAUUGCCCUCCUCUCUUUCAUUAUCUAGUGGCAUCGGAUACUUUCUUUUUAAGAAUCUCAGUUACUUCCAUCCAAGGCAUCUUUCGUUCUUACCAGAAAUUGAUCAUCCCUUUGCUGCUGUCCCUGUUGGCCUUGGCCAUAUUGACCUUGACCCUGCUGCAAUUGCUGAACAACGUGCCUGACGGCCUCACAGCGGCAUUGCUCGUCGAAGUUCCUCAGCUGCUGGCAGCACUGCCUCAAUUGCUGCUGUUGCUGUUGUUGAUUGUACAUGGGUACCACCAAAGGACUCCCCUGGCUUUGCUGCAAGAACUGCUGGCACUGUUGGAGCUGCAGCUGCCUUUGUUGAAUCUGCUGUCUGCACCUCUGAGGGGACUGUUGUUGCCCUUGUUCGCCCCCUCCACGUUGGUCUAUUUCCUCAUCGAUGCAGUGGGUCGGAAGCCAGAAACUCCCACCACAGCCAAGAGGGCUACGGCCAAGACUGCAGCAAACGCUCUGACAUUCACCAUUUGGUCCGUCUUACAGAGUGCUGCAUAUCGUAGUAUUGUAUUGUCAUACAGGACAAGUUUGCUUUGGGGGUUUUGGGAGGGUUAUGGCAAAGGGUAUAUAUAGUUGAUCUCAGGCUCUGCAUGGCCGGAAGAUAGCUAUCCAAGGAAGACAAAUGAGGUGGUUGUCAGAAAAGGCUUCAGCUUCCACGUAUCUAUUUGCAUGCAAAUGCUGCUGUUUGAGCCUAUUCUACCCAUGGUGAUUUAACUGAUUUCAGGGCGGAUAUGCUACAGUCACUAUUCACCGGAAAAAAUCCACAACACUGACGCGUAUUUAAGUUGCAGUAAGAGAAUAUAGAGCUUGGUUGCAAGAGUUCAAGUGGAGCAACGUCAGAAUCCAUCAAGAUUUAAAUAAAUGUAACAGAAGUCACAGAUACACAACAAUCUUCACAUCUCAACAGCAUCUUUUACUGUAACUGUUUCUUUUGUAGGAGAAUCAACUGCAUAGGGAUCCUAUAUUGUCUAUUCAGAUGUUCUACAUUCUCUGCCAAAAGAAAACUAGUAUUACAAAAUCACCUGUGGUUAAAACUAUGCUCUCGACAAAAAUCGCCUGUAAUUCUUAAUAAAAUUAACUGCCUGCUUGUUCUACUUUCAGACCAAAUAAAAAUGGACAAAUGAGAGAAGACAGCAGGCAGUUUUGUGAA